AUGGAUGAUCUCAGGCCACAAUCGAUGGGAGGCAAUGGGAACAAAUGGCUGCAGAUUGGUGGUAACAAGUUGAACACUAAUUGGGGUUGUGGUGGAUUCAAGUUGAACACUACUCAGGGUUCUGGGGGAAUCGAGUCCAUAUUUGAUCCUGUGGAGUAUGGUGAUGCAAUUAUACCAAGCCCAGGAGAUGCUAAUUCUCCAUCAAAACCAUCUGUCAAUGCACCAGAGAAGAAGCUGACCCUAUUUGCACUUCAACUUGCACUUUUCGAGAAAAUGGCCACUGGGUUUGGAGCCCUGGGAUUCAUCUGGGCAACCGUUGUUCUUCUCGGUGGAUACGCCAUUGUACAGUCCACGACAGAGUUCUGGUUCAUCACUGUCAUACUCACAAUUGAAGUCGCCAGAAUCUUCAGCCGCAGUCAGGAGCUUGAAUGGAAACACCAGUCUACAUGGACGAUUGCAGCUGCCAGCAUGCAUAGUUUCAAAGCUCUGAGAACAGGCUCCCAUUGGAUUGUUCGAAUCCUCCGAAGAGAAACCCAAGAGAGGACCAACGAGGCAAGACCCAGUUAUCAGUUACCUCGUGCAUAUGGCCGAGAACUCAAAAAGAAGAUCCUUGAGGGAAAAACCAGCAAUCAGUCGAGACGUACAUGGACAUCAUCAGAGGUCCCCCUGCUUCCAUAUGCAUGUUGGAUUUUUCAAUCUAAGAACAUCAGUAAGUUAUUGUCUUGGCUGCAAUUGUUAUCAGCCAUAACUUGUAUAACACUUUCAUUAAUGAGGCUUGUACAGUUGACCCAUGGUGAUGCAAUUACACCAAGCAGAGUCUGCACAGAAACUACAAACCUGAGAUCUGCCCUGAAUAUCUUUUAUGGUUUGGCCAUGACCGAAGCUUUCCUGUCUCUGUUAGGGAAAUUGUACAGGGAAUGGAAGAUUACGGUUUGCAAACUGCUGGCAGAGGUCGACAAGGAAUGUGAAAUUGGAAUGAUUUCAAUCAAAAGAUUCUUUUAUGAUGCCUAUUCGGAAUGUGUUAAUGGAAACAUCUUUGAUGGCUUAAAGCUGGAUUUGGUUUCCUUUGCUACAGAGCUUUUGGCCUCCCAUUCCAGCGACAAGCAAAUAAUUGGGGCUGGAAUUCUUCAGAAAUUCUCAACUGAAACCCGAUUCUCUGAUGAUACACUGCAGAAGAUUGGCACAUGUACAUCGGUUAUUGAAAGAUUAGAAGAAAUGUUGAACUGGAAAAACCAACCAGAAGCAGAGAUCAGCUCUGAUGGUGUACUUGAUGAACCGUGUGAGAAACAGACCGUUUGUGAUAAAGAAAACUAUGAGUUUUCUGCCUAUAGCCAAUUGGGUCUCACCAGUCUCAAGAAACUUGCACGUGACCACGAUAACUGCGAGAAGAUCGGUAACACAAAAGGCCUCCUCCUCAAAAUUAUCGACUUCACACAUACCGGAGAGGAGUUGCUCAGGAACAGCCAGGAAAGAGACAAUAGGAUAUUGGCAGUGAAACAAUCCCUGCAAGUUCUGAAGUUGCUCGCAAGGACAUCUGGUAGUGUUGGCAAGCAUCUGAGGCAGGAGAUUGUGGAGAUUGUUUUCACAGUAAGCAACAUCAGAGAAUUUCUCAAGUAUGAGCCAAAUUCCAAAGCUCAGAAUCAUGUAAGGUUUGCAGCAGGGGAGGCAAUUGCAAUGCUCGCACUGGAGAGUGAAAGGAACUGCUCUAGGAUAUUGAAUCUGAAGGUACUAACAGAGCUCUUGAGGGCACUCAAAGAUCAAUCACUUCGCAUCAAUUCAGCCAGAAUUUUAAGGCAUUUGUGCAAAUUUGCUGCCAUGAUUGCUCUGAACAAUUAA